AUGAUCCGCCCAGCUCGACCGGACGAGAUCCCCAACCUCUACACCACAGCUGACGCCAAGCGCAACGCCGACACCGCCGCUGCUCUCACCAAGCUGCUCAAAGUCGGGUGCGUCAGGCCCGAAUGGUGUUUCCUGGCCAAACGCGACGGCAAAGUGACGGGCAGCAUCGCCCUGUGGACGCGGCCCGGCCACGACAAGCCCACCGACUUUGUCCUGUUCGACACGGACUGGGAGCGCACGCCCGAGACCGGGCAGACGCUGCUCGACCAUGUCAUUGCCGCGUCACGCGAGCUUGGGGCCGAUGCGCUAGGUCACGUCAUUGACAUCCCCAACGAUGCACCCCAGGGCGCAGUCCACCUGCAGACCAGGCACAAGCUGCUGAGCCGCAACGGCUUCAAGCUCACGCGCGACGGGCGGGCGCCGCUGGGAAUGGCGGGCCGGCGAACCGAUCCCGGCAGCAGCCGACGACCGUCUGACCUGGCGGUUGAUGUUGAGCUGAAUCGUUUUAAAUCGACUGCUGAUGAUUCUCAAACCAAAUCUACACAGAACAAAUAA